UGUAAACGAUCCUCGGGAACAGCUGCGGCAGUGCAGCUCUGAUCUCUGCAGCUUCCUCCUCCAGGAUGACUUCUGUCGUCUCGAAAUUCAUCACCAAGACCCUCUGCGACCACGAGGGCAGUUUGGACUUCCGGCGGCUGGAGGAGAAGGUCGCGAGGAGCUACACGGUGGCGGAGUCCGUCCUGCGCGCGGUUCUCUUCGACCAGAGUAAAAUAGCCAUCCGGCAAGGAGAGGAGAAACCCACCGGGGGUCACAUCAUCCCACCCGACAGCCUGGUCGUGGCGAAAAGCAGCGCGCGUCUCUGCCAGAAGAAGACCGGAGCGUGCGCGCGCUGCGAUGGCUUACACCUGUGCAGGUACUAUGUGUGCGGAGAGUGCACGUUCGGCCUCAGGUGUAAAAAUCCCCACAGUUUGACUACUCCGAACAACGUGGAGGUUCUCAGGAGACACGAUCUGCAAGACUUGACAGAGAAACAGCUGUUCCAGCUGCUGCUCCAGAAUGAUCCCUACCUGCUCCCCGAGAUAUGCUCGCAUUACAACAAGGGCAGCGGUCUGCAAGGCUCCUGUCGGUUCGCCGCCUCCUGCAGCAAGCUGCACAUAUGCCAGCACUACUACCAGGGCGACUGUCGGUUCGGUGAUGGGUGCAAGAGAGCGCAUCGCCUCGACGCUCAGGCCAUGAAGCUUUUCCAGGGAUAUAGUCAGGAGAACAUCAACAACCUCCACAAGAUCUACAGAAAUACGCUCAUCAUCUCAGGUGACCUGAAGAGGCCAGCUGCUGCUGUUCCUGCCUUGCCAGAGGUGAGCAUCCCAGCCCCGCCGCCGUCCCGCCAGCCUCCCCACACUAACCCGGUGACCCCCAGCAGAGCUGCUAUUCCAGCCAACCCCCCGAGUGACGCUGAGAGAAAUGAAAUCUGCCUCUUCUUCAUCCGGAGAAAGUGCUUGUACAAAGACAAGUGUGCUCGGGUCCACUGGCACCUGCCUUACAGGUGGCAGGUUUUAGAUGUGGAUGGCGUGACCUAUAAGGACCUGGUGGACAUGGAAAACAUUGAGAGGGCAUAUUGUGACCCGGCUCGGGACACGAGCUGCAUGGAUCAACCCCCCACCAGCCUGGGACUCCUGAGAUUUAUGGGAUUUCAAAGCUCUGAACAGGCCGUUGACUUCAUGACCAUGACGUAUAAAGGGAUUCCAGUCCGUCGAUUGUCCACCGCCUCCUCCGUCUCGAAGCCUCCUCACUUCAUUCUCACCACGCAGUGGGUCUGGUACUGGAAGGACGACGGGGGGGCGUGGCUGGAGUUUGGGCAGGACGAUGGCAGUGGAGCGGCGGCCGUCGCCUCUCAGACCCUGGAGAACGUGUACCUGGCGGACAGAGACACAGAGAUCCCGUUCAGCGCCGGCAAACACCAGUACGUUCUGUACUUCAAAGACGCGGCGGGCAGCGGGCGGAUGUAUCAGCAGAACGUCAAACACAAAACCAAGAGAGAAGUCAGGAGGAGACCUCGCUUUCUGUCGACCCGUGACGUGGAAGCACAGCUGAAGAGCACUUCAUCACAGAGCUCGAGCUCCUCCAUAGCCGAAAUCGUACCGUCCACCUGGGAUAAGACCGCCCUGCCAGAGCUGGGAUACAGGCUUGUGCAGCUCACCUCGUCGGCGAAGGAGUACUCCAUGAUUGAGAUGCUGUUCAAGCGCACCAUGCCUCAGAGUAAAAUCAACAGCAUGCACCGGAUCCAGAAUCCGUCUCUGUGGAAAGUGUUUCAGUGGCAGAAAGAGCAGAUGAAGAAGAGAAACGGAGGACAGCUUGUAAACGAGAAGUACUUGUUCCACGGGACGGACGAGUCCCUGAUUGAGCCCAUCUGCGAGCAGAACUUCGACUGGAGGAUGUGUGGCGUUCACGGCACGGCUUAUGGCAAAGGGAGCUACUUUGCCAGAGACUCAUCCUACUCGAACAGAUUCGCCAAGGCGUCGGGCCUGAACAGGACCAUGUUUGUCGCCUUGGUGCUGGUGGGGGCCUACACCAAGGGGAGCAGCAGCUACGUCCGGCCGCCGCCUAAAGGGGGCAGCAGAGAUCUCUACGACAGCUGCGUGGACUCCGUCAGCGACCCCAGCAUUUAUGUCAUCUUCGAAAAACAGCAGAUUUAUCCAGAAUAUCUCAUCAAGUACUCCUAAAAGAAUAAAACGUUCUCCUCAGUUCUCUUGUGAGUAGCUAGUGGACUAGUUGGUAGUUUGAGGAGUAAUCAAUGAAGAAAAAUCCUUUCAGAUUGCUCUUCAUUUUGAAUCAGAGCAGGGAGACCAGCAUUGUUACAGCAUUGAAUCAUCACUACAGAUAUAUUCACAUCUUAGAAGUUGACAGGUAGAGAUCAUUUUAAUAAAAUGUGUAUUUUGAUUCGGUGUUCAAAUAUUUUUCUAGAGAUUUAGAGUGUGACAAACUGAACGACCCAGUGAGAUGGAAUCAGAAUAAACUGUUGAAUGUGAGGCAUGAGAAGAGAUCACAUGUUCAGAUAUGGAACAAAUGUGUCACAAAAUAAAGCUAUAUCGACAAAUAUUCCAAAUUGCAACUGAGUUACUGUA